AUGAGCUACAAGUAUAAUGGUGCCUACAACCGUGGGCGUCCAUCGGUCACCACUGCUACUGACAGCAAGCUAAACCUGCUGGUUCGCUUUCUCGACCACACCGUCGACGACGUCCAGUUCCGCGUCUUCUUUGAGCCUUUUGGCGACAUCACCUCCUCGAUGGUGAUGCGGGACAUCUUCACUGGCGAGAGUCGCGGCUUUGGCUUUGUGCGAUUCGCCCGUAACGCGGACGCCACACGCGCGCUGCACGAGUGUGAUGGGAAGAAGAUUGGUGGAAAGGCUGUCAACGUGAUAUGGGCGAAGCAGCAGCACGACGACACCCCUGCCGGCCAGGAGCGGCUGAGGAUGAAUAAGCUGUUCCUGCGCAACGUGCCUCUAGGCAUUACGGAGGCUGAGCUGGUGGAGCUUGUUCGUGCGUACGGUACUGUCAAGGAGGCUUCGCUACACAGCGACAGGAUCCCCACUGCACGCCAUUCGCCGGCACGUCGCAUCGCCUUCAUCGUGUUUGCCGAUGAGGGGGCAGCGGAGGCCGCACUGCGUGGCGUCCAUAACACCUGCCCUUUUGCGACCUGCCACGGCAUUCCCCUGAUGGGAAAGUUAUCGGAGGACUACAAGGCAAAAAACAGUGGCAGCGGUAACAGCAGCACCAACAGCAGUUGCCAGAACUUUAGCACUGCUAGCCGCGCACCCACCACCUUCUUCACGGACAAGGGGUGCUUGCCUCCCAUGUUGGACUGCGCCUUCUGCAAUUUUGUGCCGAAGCACGUAACCGGUGCCUGCACCCCGACACCUGCGAGCAGCGUGCACCUCUCCGACUCCGCAGCGGAUGACUUGCUCUUCUCUCCGUUGGCCGUCGGUGCUGGUGCCUCUCACGCAGAUGGAGGCAUCGCCGAACAGGACGCAAUUGCCCGCUACUCGCCUGCCUUACGUUUAUCAAACCUUCGCACGCCGGUCCUGUCGUCACCAAAGUUGUUCCGGCACAACCCGUACGCGGCGUCGCUGAUCGUCACGAGGAGUAACUCCAGGUAG